AUGUCGGUUGAAAAGCAAGUAGAGGAAUUAUCCAUCAGUGAAAACCCAGCUGCUUCAAUAGCAAAUGAAUCUGCUCCAGCCACUACUGCCACCAAUAGCAAGAAUGUUGAAGGUGAAGAGGUAGUUUUGGGUGAAGAUGGCCAACCAUUGUCCAAGAAAGCCUUGAAGAAAUUGUUGAAAGAAAAAGAAAAAGCAGCCAAAAAAGCCGAAAGAGAAGCUCAAUUGGCCAAAGAAAAAGCAGCCAGAGAGGCCGAAGCAGCUAAUGAUCCAGCUAAAGAGAAUUAUGGCAAAUUACCACUUAUAAACUCAUCGACUAGAAAUGCUGACGAAAAACGUAUUCUUUUCAAAGACUUGUCUGUUGCCAAUGAUGGAGAGACUGUAAUCUUCAGAGCCAGAGUACACAACACCAGACAACAAGGUGCCACUAUGGUGUUCUUGACAUUAAGACAGCAGUCCGAAUUGAUACAAGCUUUGUUGAAGACUAACAAAGAUACCGACUCCACUGCUGUUUCCAAACAAAUGGUUAAAUGGACCGGUUCAGUCAACUUGGAAUCUAUUGUUUUGGUUGAAGGUAAAGUAGCUAAAGUUGAAGAAAAAAUCAAAUCUGCCACUGUUCAAGAUGUUGAAAUCCUUAUUAGUAAGAUUUAUACUAUUCAAGAAACCCCAGAGCAAUUGCCAUUGUUGAUCGAAGAUGCUUCAAGAAGUGAAAAGGAAUCCGAGGAGUUAGGAUUGCCAGGUGUCAAUUUAGAUACUAGAUUAGACGCAAGAGUUAUUGACUUGAGAACCCCAACAAAUCAAGCCAUUUUCAAGAUUCAAUCUGGUGUUUGUCAAUUGUUCAGAGAAUUCUUGAUAAAGAAAGGAUUUACAGAAAUUCAUACACCAAAAAUCAUUGGUGCUGCUUCUGAAGGUGGUUCCAAUGUUUUCGAGAUUAAUUAUUUCAAAGGUUCUGCAUUCUUAGCUCAAUCACCACAAUUAUAUAAACAACAAUUGAUUGCUGCUGAUUUUGAAAAAGUUUUCGAAAUUGCCCCAGUUUUCAGAGCUGAAAACUCCAAUACUCAUCGUCACAUGACCGAAUUCACAGGUUUAGAUUUGGAAAUGGCAUUUGAACAGCAUUAUGAUGAAGUUUUGGAGGUCUUGGAAGAAUUAUUUGUGUUCAUUUUCACUGAAUUGAAAACCAGAUUUUCUAAAGAGAUUGCCACUGUUAGGAAACAAUUCCCAGUUGAAGAAUUCAAGAUUCCUAAAGAUGGGAAAAUGGUUAAAUUGCAUUUUAAAGAAGGUAUUGCAAUGUUAAGAGAAGCUGGUAAAGAUGUUGACGAUUUCGAAGAUUUGUCUACUGAAAAUGAAAAAUUAUUGGGUAGAUUAGUUCGUGAGAAAUACGAUACCGACUUUUACAUUUUGGACAAAUUCCCACUUGCUGUUAGACCAUUCUAUACCAUGCCAGAUUCAGAAGAUCCAAGAUAUUCUAACUCCUACGAUUUCUUUAUGAGAGGCGAAGAAAUCUUAUCUGGUGCGCAACGUAUUCAUGAUCCUAAAUUGUUAACGCAAAGAAUGAAGGAACAUGAAGUUGAUCCAAACGUUCCAGGUUUGAAUGAUUAUGUCGAUGCCUUUACAUAUGGUUGUCCACCUCAUGCAGGUGGUGGUAUUGGUUUAGAAAGAGUUGUCAUGUUCUUCUUAGAUUUGAAGAACAUUCGUCGUGCUUCAUUAUUCCCAAGAGAUCCAAAACGUUUAACACCAUAG